GUUCUUUUCUCAGCCCCUCAGCCCCACCCCACCCCCACUUUUGAUUAUAUAUACACACAUCUGGGUUUAAAGGGAGAUGUUUCAAGAGAGCUGGUACGGUGUCGUUCCAUUCAAGAUGUCAACUUGAUAGAUUACUCAUUGAUGUUUCCAUCUAUACAUGUGUGAAAUUAAUUCUUUAUCCACUUAUUAUAGUAUGCACCAACACCCUUCUUUGUCCAUGAUUCCUAAGAAAGCUGGGUUUUUACAUUCUUCUGCGGCCGGAAAAACUCCGGGAGAGUUACCGGAACGCUUUGUUCCUGUCAAGAAACACGGUCAAGGCAGCAACAGGGGACGUGGCUCGAUGGAGGGCUCUUGCCGGAAAAUCGUUCGGAUUGUUGUCGCCGAUGGUGAUGCCACGGAUUCCUCCGGCGAUGAAGGUGCAAGUGUUGGGAGGAAAGUGAAGAGAUAUGUUCGGGAGAUAAACCUCGUACCGCCGGAAAAGUUCACCGGAAAAGAGGCUACUCCGGUUCAGGCUAAGAAGAGGAGAAGUUCGAAUAGGCGGUUUUCUGCGGCAUCUGACGGCAGCAGGAAGAAAUUUAGAGGCGUGCGUCAGCGGCCAUGGGGGCGGUGGGCGGCGGAGAUUCGGGACCCGACCCGGGGAAAACGCCUCUGGCUCGGAACAUUUGACACGCCGGAAGAAGCUGCCGCCGUGUACGACAGGGCGGCGGUGAUGCUGAAAGGAUCUGCCGCCGUCACGAACUUCCCCACAGCCGUUAACGUUUUACCCGGCACUGGCGCCACAACAAACGACGUCGCCGCUCCUCUUACGCCGUCUGUUUUCCGGCAACCCUUGUCUACGCCGUCUCCUGGACCAUCGAGUGCAGACGUCAGCUUAACGGAGAGUGACGCGAGCAAACACGACGAUCCUUUGUCCCCCAGAUCAGUCCUCCGUCUCGACGAUUUCAUGGCGUUCGAUAACGGUCCGCUUGUUGACUUCGAUUCCUUUGAAUUCGGAUUUGACUUUUCUUUCGGUUCGCUAGGUUUCGGAUUAUCCGAGAAACACGUCGCCGAGGAAUUCGGGGAAUUCGACUUUGACGACUUUGCCCUCCCACCUUGCAGUCACUUAAGCGGCACCGUGGACGCGAGGGUUCCACUAUUUUGAAAAAAAGUCGAGGGCAUAUUCGUAACUGCAAAGUCUUUUUCGCGGGAAACACGACUGAUUUGGCGGGAAGUAUGCGGCGUGUAAAGUUGUGAGUAAUUAUGUGGUACAGCGAGUAGGUGGAAAUGAAAUUUUGUGAGAGAUAUUUUUAGAAUCCUUAAUUUAAAUAUUACCGAGUGUAUCUUAUUUUUAGCCACAUAUAUAUAUUCUGUUUUGUGCUAUAUUUAAUUUAAUUAUAUAAAAAUUGCGAAGAAAUACUUCCUCCG